AAUCGCAACUUCCAAACGACCCCUUAGUUCCUACACUAAAAGUAUCUUCUUAGUAAUGUUGUUAAGUGAGUGCUCUUAUUCUUCUGAUCUACAUACUUUUCUUUUCGAUCUAAUUCCACUAAGCUUAUAAUGUGAUUAAUAGUUCGAAGAAAUCAUAUAACUCCACUAAACCAGCCAUAUGGUUGAUAGUUUGAAGAAAGUGACUAAUUUCGAUAAAUCUGUAAAUUGACACACUAAAAACGAAUGAACCACAUAAUACAAGGUCUGCAAAUGCAAUUAUCUCAAACAGAAGGAAAGAGCAGAAGAAAUCUAUUGCAACUUGCAAGUCUCUGUUCUGUUCCCACACUCCAGCCCACCAACCAAUGCAAUCCUCUCUCUCUCUCUCUCUCUCUCUCUUCGCCUUCAGUUCACACUCUGCAUCUUUGCUCAGAGUCUCCAAGUACUCUACUUUCUGAAUUCUCUUCUUUUGCUUUACUCUUUAGCUUCCGCCCUUUCCCACUAUUUCCUUCUUCUUCUUCUUCUACUACUUGUUUCUGACAAUGCCAAUCAAUUCCGACCCGUCCACUCCGCCGCCGACCAUCGGCAAAAUCGGCCCGUACACCGUCUUCAUCACUCCUCCUCCCACUCCUCCCACUCCGCCGUCUCCCCUUUCCCCGCCGCCUAACCUCCACCACGAUUCCCCUAAGAAGGUUGUCUGCCCUCCCGCUCCCCAGAUCCACUCUGCCAAGCCCCUCACCAAGACCGACGAUGAAUCUGCGGGCGGCUUCUUCCGCUCCGCCGUCUCCAAGGUUCAGCUCGUGAAUUCGAGCUUGGAUGAACAUUUGGCGCGGUGGUUUGGACUGAAUCAGUCUAAGUAUCAGUGGGCUCUGGAUGAUUAUUUUGAGACCAAGGGAUUGGAUCAAGGAGCCAAAGCAAAAGAGUUUCCAGGCAAAGCACAGAAUGUAUGAACGGUGAUGUUAUGCCGCCUCCCAAAUCCUACUCUGAUGGAUGAUGAUCAGCUGGAUGUUUAUCUGUGAAUUAGAAGACUGUUGUUAUGGCGAAAUGCAAAGUUGAGCCGGCAGCGAUGGUGGACGGUCUGUUGUACAACAUCUUUAUAUAUAAAUAUAUGCUUAACGGCUGCUCUGUUAAGCAAAGUAUAGUAUAGGAGAAGGUUGCUAAGAAUGUGUUUCUGCUUCUUGAGUUCCCUUUGGUCUCAUUUUGCCACCUAACCAUGUUGUUGUAGCUGUUUGUGUAUCAAAGAUGCAAGCUUUUGUUACAACCUGGUGCUCUUUUGCCCCUUUCAAUCGAAGGUGAAUGUGGGUUUUGGCUUCGUUGUUCUUUUGUGUCUGGGCCCUGAGAUGGGCUCUCGCCUGGUGAUUGGAAUUGCUGUUAAUUAGUUUGACUGGGCUUAUAACCCCUUCUGGAUCAUAAUGGUCUCCUCUCAGAUCUUCCCAACUCUGCCUAUCCAUUCAACGAAACGAAAAAACUGUCUAUCCAUGGGCUCUUUACAUGCAUUUGUGAUGUUCUUCCUCCUAUUGUUUUGUUUGGUCAUGUGGUUGCAUUUUGGGAUGUUAUUCGCAAUACUAGGUAACUUAACCAAUCUAUUUUGAAUAUGAUAGAAAUAUAGAAGGCAAUGAGUCAGGUUGGACGGGUAUGGACACACAAGUCGGAUACAUGUCGAUUUAUAUGGGUAUAUAUUUUGAAGGAAUAACAUUUUAGAUAUUAAUUUAAAAUUUUUAUGUUGAUAUGAUAAAUAAAGUUAAAUUAUUUAAUAAGUUAAUAUUUUUAUCUGAUUACAAUUUGAUUAUAUAUAAAAUAUGAUGUAAUACAAGUAAAAGUUUAAGUAAUUUGAUUAAAAUUACACAUAAUUUAGACAAAAUGGAUCCAAAAUAGGGUAGGGCUACUAGGGCAUGUCAUAUAGAUGAGUCAGGCCUCUAGAUAGAAUUAGAAUGAUCAAUCUUGUAAACACAUCAAAAUAAUGCAAUCCAAUACAUGAGAGUAAGGAAAUCCUUGAACAAUAACAUUCUAAAUAUGCAAUCUUUUAAAUGCUUCUACAAUAAUAUCUUACAAAAAUGCAUUGUGCCGAAACAAUAAUUUUAGAAAAUGCAUCCUCACUUAAUAUCUUAGAAGAUCAAAGAACAUGCAAGCAAGAUAAAGAUGAGCACUUCUACUAUGCUAUAUAGCAUUGGUGCUUUAAUGUACAACUUGAAGUUGUACCAUAACAUUAAAUGUAUAAGUUUAGGUUGUACCAUAAAGGAAUUUGUAUCAUUAUGUUAUGGUACAACUUUACAACAAAGUUGUACCAUCACAUAAGGUACAAGUUUAAGUUGUACCAUAAAAGAAUUUGUACAAAAAGUAUAGGUACAAUCUAAAGUUGUACCAUAAUGUUAAAGGUACAAUUUUAAGUUGUACCAUAAAGGCAAAAACCUAUAGCACUGAUGCUAUAUAGCAUUGUAAAAUUCCUCAGAUAAAGAUAUCUCGAAAACCGUAUAAUGCACUGAUUCACUUCUCCUCAUUAGAAAUACUGGUUUGAUAUGUUUAACUUGAUAUAGACCUAAUCUACCGCUCACUCAUCCGAGCUCAGCAAACCUCCAAUAUAGGAUUAGGAUCUAA